AUGUUGAAACGCGCAACCGCUAAUCUCAAAUCAACCCUUUCCCUUCACAUCACAAAGGAAAGUUCUAAGCACAACGUUUAUCGUUUCCAUAGAUUUACCUCAGGAUCGCCUUUGCAUUUUCCGGAAAAAGACAGGGUUUGUCCCAAACAUAAAGAUACGGUUAUAGCUUUUGUUUUAGGGGGGCCUGGUAGUGGAAAAGGUACACAAUGUGAAAAAAUUGUAGAAACCUUUGGAUUUAAGCAUUUGAGUGCUGGUGAUCUUUUGAGGAAGGAGAUGGUUUCUGAUAGUGAGUAUGGCUCUAUGAUUCUUGAUACAAUUAGAGAAGGAAGAAUUGUUCCAUCAGCAGUGACUGUAAAAUUGAUUCUAAGAGAGCUGGCAUCUGGUGAUAGUCAUAAGUUUCUUAUUGAUGGUUUCCCCAGAAGUGAGGAGAACCGGAUAGCUUUUGAACGAAUUACUGGCUCAGAACCAAAUUUUGUUCUUUUCUUUGAUUGCCCUGAAAAAGAGAUGGUGAAACGGGUACUGAGCCGCAAUCAGGGUCGAAUUGACGACAAUAUAGAUACAAUGAAGAAACGACUUAAAGUAUUUGAAGCAUUAAAUCUCCCCGUGGUUGAUUACUAUGCAAAUAAAGGGAAACUUCACAGGAUCAAUGCUGUGGGAACAGAGGAUGAAGUUUUUGAGCAAGUUCGGCGAGUUUUUGCCCAAGUGAGCACGGUUACCUGA